CUUUGACUCCAUUCUCGUCUUCACUCCAUCUCCAUCCCUCUCUCUCGCUGUGGAUUCCUUCUUGGCUCUGAUGAUUGGGAAAUCUCUCCAAUGGCGGCUUGUUAUCGGCGCGUUUUAUCUCCUACAGGCGGGAUCAGCAAUUGUUCUUACCAGUCCAGUCUCUGCUGUGGAGCCCCACUCACAUCCUCCACGUAUGCUGGCUACCGCUACUUCAGAGAAGAAGUAUGCCCCGGGAUAUUGCUCAAUGUAUGGUAUUUGUGGUCAGCGCAGUGAUGGGAAGGUUUUGAAUUGCCCAAAUAAUACCCAAUCUGUAAAGCCAGAUGCAUUACUUUCUUCAAAGAUUCAAAACUUAUGCCCGACAAUUACUGGAAACAUAUGCUGCUCACAGGAGCAAUUUGAUACCUUACGUAGUCAAGUCCAGCAAGCAGUUCCUUUGCUUGUGGGAUGCCCAGCUUGCUUGAGGAACUUUUUAAAUCUUUUUUGUGAACUGUCAUGCUCUCCAGAUCAAAGCCUUUUCAUCAAUGUCACCUCUGUCAGUAAGGUAAACAAUAGCUUGGCUGUUGAUGGCAUUGAUUUGUAUGCGACGAGCACAUAUGGUGAAGAGUUAUUCAACUCUUGCAAGGAUGUAAAAUUUGGUACAUUGAACACUCGUGUCAUGGACUUUGUUGGCGGGGGUGCACAAAAUUAUGAAGACUGGUUUGCGUUUCUUGGUCGUCGAGCUAAUCUUAACGAGGCUGGUUCACCAUAUGCAAUUACAUUUCGUCCAAAUAUUUCUGACUCAUCAGGAAUGAAGCCCAUGAAUUCAACUGUUUAUUCCUGUGGUGACCCUUCACUGGGUUGUUCUUGUGGUGAUUGUUCCUCAUCUUCUUUAUGCACAGAAAAUAAGUUACCAGUCCCUCAAGAGAAACAUUCUUGUUUCAUAAGAAUCGGUUCUUUGAAGAUCAAGUGUAUUGUCUUUUCUCUGGGAAUUGUGUAUAUUGCCUUGAUUUCUGCAAUUUUUGGAUGGGGAAUUAUUCAUCUAAGGAGGAAAAAAACAGGUCCCUCAUCAAAGACAAAACCUUUGUUGAAUGUCAUGGAUGAAACUGAGCUCCCUUCAAUUAAUAAUCAAGAACAAUCUGCUCAACCUAUUCAGAUAUCUGGGGGGGUUCCUCCGGUAUCCAGAGAUGCUCAAUUUUCCAUUGUUCAGGGUUAUUUAUCAAAACUGUUCAGGAAAUAUGGGAGUUUUGUUUCUAGAAAUCCUACUCUGGUUCUUUGUUCAUCAAUUGUGCUUCCUCUUCUGUUAUGCAUAGGUUUAAUUCGUUUUAAGGUGGAAACACGACCGGAGAAGCUAUGGGUCAGUCCGGGUAGCAAAGCUGCAGAGGAAAAAUACUAUUUUGACCACCAUCUUGCACCUUUCUAUAGAAUUGAACAGGAGAUACCACAGACGUCGUCAGGGCAGCAGGUCAACGCCGAGGCCUGCGCGGCGGAGUGCCAUUCGCACAUAACCGAAAAAGUAGCUGGCGAUUGCUCAGAGGAGUCAAUUUGCAGCCCGCACCACAUUCUUGCCUGCUCGUUGGGGUCCGGAAAUGAGCAGUUACUUCCAUCGAAGCGAGAAUCAACAAGGCGAUGCAUAGAUCUGAAAGCCGGUCACCAGCCUGAAGCAGCGUGCCAGCAUUUCAUCUUCAGAGCUGAGCCACUGGCCUUCUGUACAGAUAACAUGCCACUGAUUUGGUUUAUUUUCUCGAUCAGCUUGGAGUCAAACCAAACUAAUCAAUUGUGUUCCAUCAGCCAAUGUGAUUCCAACUCUCUUGCAAAUGAGAUUACAAAAGCAUCACUGACACCAGAAUCAAGCUACAUUGCUAAGCCUGCUGCCUCGUGGCUUGAUGACUUCCUUGUAUGGUUAUCUCCUGAAGCAUUUGGUUGCUGUCGCAAGUUUGUCAAUGGGAGCUAUUGCCCUCCUGAUGAUCAGCCUCCUUGCUGUCAGCCAGAUAAAGGUUCAUGCAGUGUGGGUGGAAUCUGCAAUGACUGUGCCAUGUGCUUUCUUUCUUCAGAUUUGCACAAUGGCCGUCCUUCUACAAUACAGUUCAAGGAAAAACUUCCAUGGUUUCUUGAUGCAUUGCCAUCCUCUAAUUGUGCCAAGGGUGGUAAAGGAGCUUACACGAGCAGUGUAGAUCUAACAGGUUAUGACAGUGGUCUUAUUCAAGCUUCAUCAUUUCGAACAUAUCAUACACCUCUUAAUAAACAAAGUGACUAUGUCAGUUCAAUGAAAGCUGCACUGGAUUUCAGUUCUCGGAUAUCUGAUGCUUUACAGAUACAGGUGUUCCCAUAUUCUGUUUUCUACAUAUUCUUUGAACAAUAUCUGCAUAUCUGGAAGACAGCAGUCAUCAACAUUGCUAUUGGUCUUGGUGCUGUGUUUGUUGUUUGUCUAGUAAUCACCUGCAGCUUAUGGACUUCAUCAAUCAUUCUUAUGGUGUUGACAAUGAUUAUUGUGGAUAUGAUGGGAGUCAUGGCACUUCUGGAGAUUCAACUGAAUGCAGUGUCUGUCGUGAACCUUGUUAUGUCAGUGGGGAUUGCUGUUGAGUUUUGUGUGCAUAUAACUCACGCUUUCUCAAUUGCCAGUGGGGAUAGGGAGACACGGGCUAAGGAGGCGUUAUGUACAAUGGGUGCUUCUGUUUUCAGUGGAAUCACACUCACGAAGCUUGUUGGAGUGAUCGUUCUACACUUUGCAAGAUCAGAACUUUUUGUGGUCUAUUAUUUCAAAAUGUUUCUGGCUCUAGUGCUUAUUGGAUUUCUGCAUGGACUAGUUUUCCUACCUGUGGUGCUGAGCAUCUGUGGCCCUCCCUCCAGGUUUGUGCCUGUAGAUGGUAAACAAGAAAAUCAACCAGCAGCACCAGCUCAGUCAAGCUAAUCAGUUUUGGCACUAAAUUUGUUAUAUCCAUAUCACUGUAUAUAUACAUUAUUUAUGUAUCGCUUAUUUGACAUUCAUCUGGAGAGAAUAAGUCGAUGACCAGAUUAUCAGAAGACGAGGAAAAAUGCUGUCACCAUAUACGAGGACUUGUGCAACAAGUGUCGAGUGGUCCGUCUUCUUUUGUAAAUCCUCGUAUUUGGAAGGCGGUGUAGCACAAGUUGUGAAGUUCUGUAGACGGCCGGCGGGAGAGUUAAGCAGGGGGGAUCACUGAAGCUUGGUCAGUAUGACAUGUAUUAUAUUUUGCUGGUAACUUUGCCUCUGUUUAGUGAUCGGAUGAUGGUGUUUUGAUGUAAUUUCAUUGCUUGAUUGUGAGGACCUUUUUGCUCUUAAUUGAAGUUCGUGAUUUAUAUGCAUAAAGAUUAUUAUUUGA